GCGCAGAGGAUCAGAGCCCUUCCACGGUCCUCUCCGUGGGAGCCCGAGUCCCUGUCUCCCAGAUCUUACAUGCUCAAGAAGCCGUUCUGUAAAUAAAGUAAACCCUGUGAAGAGACGGGACCCAGCCCCAUUGGUAUUACAAGGAGAGUCAAACAAGGACUUUGGUCCUCGAUUCUACUGGCCAGCCAAGCCUAAAUGUGAUGGCUGUGCCACCCAGGCCUCUACAGCUGCUGGGAAUACUGUUCAUCCUUUCCCUGAGCUCCGUCAGACUCGCUCAGGCCGGUGCCUACUAUGGAAUCAAGCCUCUGCCACCUCAAAUCCCUCCUCAGAUACCACCACAAAUUCCACAGUACCAGCCCUUGGGCCAGCAAGUACCUCAUAUGCCUUUGGGCAAGGAUGGCCUUUCCAUGGGCAAGGAGAUGCCCCACAUGCAGUAUGGCAAAGAGUACCCACACCUACCCCAGUAUAUGAAGGAAAUCCAACCUGUGCCAAGAGUGGGCAAGGAAGUGGUGCCCAAAAAAGGCAAAGAAAUACCAUUAGCCAGUUUGCGAGGAGAACAAGGUCCCCGUGGAGAACCUGGACCAAGAGGACCACCUGGGCCACCAGGUUUGCCAGGUCAUGGAAUGCCUGGAAUCAAAGGAAAACCAGGGCCCCAGGGAUACCCAGGGAUUGGAAAGCCGGGUAUGCCUGGAAUGCCUGGGAAGCCAGGAGCCAUGGGAAUGCCGGGGGCAAAAGGCGAAAUUGGACCCAAAGGGGAAAUCGGACCUAUGGGAAUCCCAGGGCCACAAGGACCUCCGGGACCCCAUGGACUUCCUGGCAUUGGGAAACCGGGUGGGCCAGGGUUACCAGGGCAACCAGGAGCAAAAGGUGAGAGAGGGCCCAAAGGACCACCAGGACCUCCCGGCCUUCAGGGUCCCAAAGGAGAGAAGGGCUUCGGGAUGCCUGGCUUGCCGGGUCUGAAGGGUCCGCCAGGUAUGCAUGGCCCUCCUGGCCCGGUUGGGCUACCAGGAGUAGGAAAACCAGGAGUGACUGGCUUUCCUGGACCCCAAGGUCCCUUGGGGAAGCCAGGGCCUCCAGGGGAACCUGGACCACAAGGCCUUAUUGGUGUGCCAGGCGUUCAAGGACCUCCUGGGAUGCCUGGAGUUGGAAAGCCAGGUCAGGAUGGGAUCCCUGGCCAACCAGGAUUUCCAGGUGGAAAAGGGGAACAGGGAUUACCAGGGUUGCCUGGACCCCCAGGUCUCCCAGGGGUCGGAAAACCAGGCUUCCCAGGGCCUAAAGGGGACCGGGGUAUUGGGGGUGUUCCUGGGGCUCUUGGGCCAAGGGGAGAAAAGGGGCCAGUAGGUGCUCCUGGAAUAGGGGGUCCCCCUGGAGAGCCAGGCCUACCUGGAAUUCCGGGUCCCAUGGGCCCUCCAGGAGCUAUUGGUUUCCCUGGACCCAAAGGAGAAGGUGGAAUUGUAGGACCACAGGGUCCACCAGGUCCCAAGGGAGAGCCAGGCCUCCAGGGCUUCCCUGGGAAGCCAGGUUUUCUUGGUGAAGUAGGUCCCCCUGGCAUGAGGGGUUUGCCCGGUCCUAUAGGACCCAAGGGAGAAGCUGGUCACAAAGGAUUGCCCGGACUUCCUGGUGUUCCAGGGCUGCUUGGACCCAAAGGAGAACCUGGCAUACCCGGGGAUCAGGGUCUACAGGGGCCCCCAGGUAUUCCAGGGAUUGCGGGACCUAGUGGCCCUAUUGGACCCCCUGGGAUUCCAGGCCCCAAAGGAGAACCAGGCCUCCCAGGGCCCCCUGGGUUCCCUGGUGUAGGGAAGCCAGGAGUAGCAGGACUUCACGGUCCCCCGGGGAAACCUGGUGCCCUUGGACCUCAAGGCCAACCUGGCCUUCCUGGGCCACCAGGCCCUCCAGGCCCUCCAGGCCCCCCAGCUGUGAUGCCCCCUACACCAUCACCCCAGGGAGAGUAUCUACCAGAUAUGGGACUAGGAAUUGAUGGAGUGAAGCCUCCACAUGCCUAUGCGGGCAAAAAGGGCAAGAACGGAGGGCCCUAUGAGAUGCCCGCGUUUACUGCCGAGCUGACUGUACCUUUCCCACCGGUGGGGGCCCCAGUGAAGUUUGACAAGCUCCUAUACAACGGCAGACAGAACUACAACCCGCAGACGGGAGUCUUCACCUGCGAAGUCCCGGGUGUCUACUACUUUGCUUACCAUGUUCACUGCAAGGGAGGCAACGUCUGGGUUGCUCUCUUCAAGAACAACGAGCCCAUGAUGUACACAUACGACGAGUACAAGAAGGGCUUUCUGGACCAGGCAUCUGGAAGCGCAGUACUGCUGCUCCGGCCCGGAGACCGGGUGUUCCUCCAAAUGCCUUCAGAACAGGCUGCUGGACUCUAUGCUGGGCAAUAUGUCCACUCCUCCUUUUCAGGAUAUUUAUUGUAUCCCAUGUAAAAAAA